GUAUUUACACGUCAUAACUGAAAAACUAAACACGCUCCAACUGAAAGAGCUAAGAAUUUCGUCUAAUACUAUACGUUAUGUUAUUAACAUGAAGUUUGAGCACGUGGGUCCUGUAAGACUUCUACUAUUGCAUACGUUGUGUUGAAAACAUUAAAAUACAGUCAAGUUUCAAAUAUUUCUCUUGAAGUGUUCACGAAUCUAAAGAAGAGUGGCAUCGCGUUGUUAAACAUUAGUGAAUUUAUAUACACAUUUACGAUAUGGAUGAAUUAUUAAGCGAUAAACGGUUCGCCCACAUUGCGAGGGAUCCUAAAUUUAAAAGGAUCCCAAAAAAUGAACGAAAAGUGAAAAUCGACAAGAGAUUUCAAAGUAUGUUUAAGGAUAAAAAGUUUACAGUUCAAUAUACCGUUGAUAAGCGUGGUAGACCUGUACAAGAAACUUCGUCAGAAAAUCUUAGAAAAUAUUAUGAUUUACCUAGCAGCGAUGAAGAAGAAGAAGAGGAUGAAAAAAAAACUGAUACACAUCAGUUAAAAAAACUAAGUUCUACAAUGGAUAAUAUAGAUAAUCAAGAUCAAAGCGAUAGUUCAUUGGACAAUUGUUUUUCAAGCAAUGGAGAAUUGCUUCGUAUUAAACCAACAGAAGAAAACAAUAUAGAUUCUGAAAGAUGUAAUGAAUCUGAAUCUGAUGCAGAGAGCAUAACAAACACAGAGAGUUUGGAAACAGAUAUAAAAGAGAGUAAAAAACAAUUGUUAGUCAGAAGGCAAAAUGAAUCUACUAGCCUCCCAAAUAAAAUUAAAGAAAAGUUAAGAGAUUUAAGUGUAAAUUAUGCUAGAGGUGAAGGAGUUUUGUUGACAGAUAGUUCUUCUGAUGAAGAAAGCUCUGAUGACUCUGAUGAAGAAGAGAUUGAACAUAACUGGGGUGAAUUAGACAAAGAAGCAGAGACAACUGAUCAAAUUACACAUCGAUUAGCAGUGUGCAACAUGGAUUGGGAUAGAAUACGCGCUAUAGAUUUGUUAGUCUUAUUUAAUUCAUUUUUACCUAGUGGAGGUGUUAUUCGUUCAGUUAUGAUUUAUCCAUCAGAAUUUGGUCUACAACGCAUGAAAGAAGAAGAAAUUACUGGCCCAAAAGAAUUGACACAAAUUAAUAAUGAAAGAGGACUUGAUGAAAAUGAUGAUGAAGAGGGAUCAACAUAUCAUAUGGAAAAAUUAAGACAAUAUCAAUUAAAUAGAUUAAAGUAUUACUAUGCUGUUGUUGAUUUUGAUUCUGCUGAGACAGCAAAUAAAGUUUAUACAGAGUGUGAUGGCACAGAGUAUGAAUCCACAGCAACAAAAUUGGAUCUUAGAUUUAUACCAGAUGAUAUGGAAUUUGAUCAGACUCCUAAAGAAGUCUGUAAUGAAGUGCCGCCAUUGUCAAAAUACCAACCAAGGCAAUUCACAACUACAGCUCUACAACAAGUUAAAGUGGAGUUAACAUGGGACGAAACAAAUCCAGAAAGGUUAGAGAUUGCACAAAAAUUAAAUUCUGGAAAGCUUGAUCAGCUCAAUCAGCAUGAUUUACAAGGUUAUUUAGCUACUGAUUCAAGCAGCGAUGAGUCAGAGGAAAAAGAGAUAGAAAAAGAAUCCCAACAAAAUAAAAGUGAUUCUGAAGCUGAAACAAAUGCAGAUCCAAUUGAAAAGUAUAAAGCUUUGUUGAAGGAGAUAGAAGAACAGGAGGAAGAAAAGCAAAAGAAAGACGUUGGAUUAGAAUUUACGUGGGGGAUAGGAACAAAAGAGAAAGCUGAAAAGUUAGUAAAGGAAAGAAUGAAAAAAGAUGCAAAUCUGACGCCGUUUGAACAAUACUUGGAAAAACGUAAAGAAAAAAAGAAAGCAAACCGCGAAGAGCGAAAAAAUCGUCAAAAUGCUGAUAAAGACAUAUCUGCAAACUCUGAAGACUCUGGAAUGUCUGAUUCGGAUGCAAGUGAAAUUGAUAGAACAAAUACAAAUUACAAAUCAUCCUCAUCUGCAAAUAAAAAGACUAUGAAAAAUGAUAAUUUUGUUUCGUCAGACAAUGAAGACGAAGCACAACGCAAAGCCGAGUUAGAACUUCUUCUGAUGGAUGGAAGUGAAAACAACGGUAAACAACAUUUCAAUAUGAAAAAGAUAGAAGAAAAUGCUACAAUGACGAAGUCUAAGCAAAAGCGACUAAAUAAAAAGAAGAAUAAACAAGAUCAGAUAAUGGAGGACAAUUUUGAAGUGAAUGUACAAGAUUCGAGGUUUAAUGCAUUGUUCACAUCGCAUCAUUUCAAUAUUGAUCCAGCGGAUCCACACUACAGAAGAACAAAGGGUACGGAAGCUCUAAUAAUAGAGAAAUUAAAAAGGAGAACCAAUGAUACCACCACUAACGAAAGUGGAGUCAAGCAACCAAAGUUGAUGCCUAACGCAGAACUUCAAACAUUAGUUAAAUCAGUGAAGAGGAAUACAAAAAAUAUUUUACGAGCAAUAAAGUGACAGUUUUUGUUUAAAAUAAACAUAAUCCUGUUGCGAUUUUGAUUGAAAUUAAAUAAAUAUGAACACUUUCCGAAAGUGUUGCAUAGUUAUUUU